AUGUCGUGGUUCGCCAACCUGUGCGGCUGCUUUACUCGCAGCGACGCAACUCCACAACCCUCCAACCCCGAAAUGCAAAGUCGUUCUCCAACUUACACCCGCAAUGGAGUCCAAACUGGCCAGUUCACUCUCUCCGACGAGGGUCACUUCAUCCGAACAGAUCAUGGUCAUGGUCAUGGGCACGGCCCUCCUCCCGCUGACUCGGAGGUUGGGGGCUAUGCCACCGUGGUCCCACUGCCACAAUACACUCCCCGCCCCAUGAGUGUAAACGAGAAGACCUUGGAGUCCCAUCUCCGGGAUCCUUCCGUGUCCUCUGAUUCCAAUUCCUACGAUCAAGACGAGAAGAAUCCUCAUCUAUACAAUGAGGAUCUUUCAUCCGAUGCCUCUUCUGUCAUCUCAUAUCCGAGCAGUUAUGGAAAUACCUCUACUGCAACACGAGAGACCCCUCCACCUCCAUAUUCUCCUCGCCAAUCGGCACAGCUCACCCGAACUCGCUCUGUCUCUCUAUACUCCAUGUCAUCGACGAGGGGUAUUACCAUCAACCCACCGCCCAUAGCGAGACUGAAUGGUGCGCGAUCAACGGGACCACCUCCAUCCGACGGAGACGACCAAUCUAUUCGUCGACACCGCCGACUAUCCUGGGAAAGUCGGUGA